UCCGGCAGUAGAGUAAAAUGGAGCAUCAAGGACACGACCACGAUGGAUGCUGUAAAUCUUCCGGUUCGAGUGUCAGUCAGAGUCUUAAAGAGAUGGAUUUCCAGCGGGGAAUAUGGUACGCAGCCCAAACAGAUGACCUGAACCGCGUGGAGAAACUCCUGCGCAGCGGCGCUUCACCCUCCGAAGAGGACUCGGCAGGGUACACCGCCCUGCACUACGCGGCCCGAUCAGGCAGCUACGAGAUCUGCAAACUCCUCCUAGAUCACGGUGUGGACAUAAACGCAGUGACUCGUUGCGGAAGGGCCACAGCCCUCCACCGAGCCGCGACCCGAUCGAACGACAAAAUAAUCCAGCUACUCCUAAAUUCCCGAGCCGACGCGAAUAUCCAGGACUCGGACGGUUACACAGCCCUCCAUCGUGCAGCGUUAUCGGGCUCAAAAUCUACCUGGGACCUUCUUGCCCCCAGAACGAAUCAAAAUCUCCUUGAUAACAAGGGCAGAACCGCCCUUGAUCUAUUGGAACCAGAGAAUCCGUAGAACAUUGUGCCGAAAAGAAAAAUUGAAUAAAUUAAUUCACGUAAUAAAAAUAGAAAUUUAUGUCCUAGGCCGUAAAGUGGGAGUUGGAAAAGUUUACGAGCCCAUGAAAUAUGGUUCACACGAAGAUUUAAAGAGAACAUUAAAUGAAAAAAACAGCACAUUAAUUGAACAUCAAUUAUUUUUACGUCCUAGGCAGAAUAAAUUCC